AUGUGCCGCUGGGUCGUCUUCGUGUCGCGCGACCCCGUCACGCUCGCCGACCUGCUCGUCAAGCCGCAGAAUUCUCUCGUUCGCCAGUCCUUUGACGCAAAGUACCAUCCCGGGUUCACUUCCGUCAACAAUGCGCUGCUGAACGGCGACGGCACGGGCCUUGCCUGGUACGUCUUCGGCAAGCCGUACCUCUACAAGAGCAACGGCGCGCCCACUGCGCUCUCCCCUCUCCCGCCCCACCUGCGCGCAUUCUGCCGCCGCACCAUGAGCAGACGCGGGGCACUUCCCGACUCCCGGACCAACACCAGCCGCGCCGACUGCCACCCCUUUCGCUUUGGCCGGCUUACCUUUAUGCACAAUGGCCACAUCGAGGGCUUCGCCAGCUUCAAGCGGGCCAUGGUCAAUCUUCUGACUCAAGAGGCGUACCUCAACGUCACGGGCGUCACCGACACGGAGCACGCCUUCGCUCUCCUCCUCAGCCAGCUGCGCGACCCAGGCCGCUCCUCCUCCUUUUCGCGCGAGGAGCUUGAGGACGCCCUCGACGAGAUGAUCCGCAUCGUGGCGAAGCUGCAGGCGGCGGCCGGCGUCACCGGAGGCUUCACCACGCUCAACCUAGCGCUCAGCGACGGCGAGACGCUGGUCGCCACGCGCUACUGCGACAAGUGGCCUGAGACGCCGCCUCCCUCGCUCUACUUUUGCUACGACCGCAGCGAGACGCUCCGCGCGGCACUGCACCAACAGACGGGCGGGAGUGGUGGGCCGGGUGACGGCUCUAAGAACGCCGGCGGAGGCGACAAGGAGGCGGCCGCGCUCCUCGACGACCAGGCAAUGCGGCCUUCUGGGGAGAGCGUGCACUCGGUGGAGGAUCGGAGGUACCCGCUGCCCGCCAACUCGAUGCUCUCCCACACGCGCAGCACGGGCAGCACCGACCAGCGCUCGCGGCCGAGGCUCAAGGCGAUCGAGAUUCCAGACACCUCCGUGCGCAGCCCCCAAGUGGUUGAGGGGUGGGCGAUGCGGCCGCGAGCAGACACGGCCUCGAGCGUCGGGAGUCUGGGGUCUCCGACGCUGAGGGACUGA